AUGCCGAGCAUACAGACAAACGGCGCAGCGCACGCCGAGGCCGCGAACGGCGGCGCACCGACGCUGCCGGCCGUAUGCGCCGAGCUGCGGCGCAAGGUCCUGGCCUUUCUCGACACUCCUGCGGCGGACGAGACGAUUAAGCGAACACAGGAACAGACACGCAUAUCGCUGCAGGUCGUGGAGGAGGCGCUGAAGCGUUACAAAUUCGAGGAGCUGUCGCUCUCUUAUAAUGGCGGAAAGGACUGCCUCUGCCUGCUGGUGCUUCUGCUGGCGUGUCUGCCGACGCUGACGACGGCCAACAAGACGUCUGCGCCGUCGCCGCCGAACGGCAGUGUGCCCCGGAUCCAGGCCAUGUACAUUGCGCCGCCCGACCCGUUCCCCGAGAUGGGCGAGUUUGUCGCGCAGUCGACGGAGGAGUACCACCUGGACCUGAAGGAGUACACAAUGGCCAUGCGGCCCGCGCUGGACGCGUACCUGGCCGAGACGCCUGCGGUCAAGGCCAUCUUCAUGGGCACCCGGCGAACCGACCCGUACAGCGAGCACCUGGAGCACUUUAGCCCGACAGACGCGGGCUGGCCGCAGUUUAUGCGGGUCAAUCCCAUGAUUGAUUGGCAUUACGUGGAUAUCUGGAUUUUUCUACGCCAAUUGGAGGUUCCAUACUGCAAUUUGUAUAACCUCGGAUACACAUCGCUGGGAGGCACGAGUAACACGAAACCGAACCCAAAGCUGGCCAUGGACGCCGAGUGUAGCAAGUUUCGACCGGCGUAUGACUUGACCCGAGAUGAGGACGAGAGGCUGGGUCGAGGCCGGUAG